CCCGGAGGUCGGAGCACUUCCUGGGUCGGGGCCUGGCGGCGGUUGCGCGGAGCUGGGGCGCCGUUGCUGCUGCUGCUGCUGCUGCUUGUGAGGCGAGGGAGCCCCGCCGCGGCCUAGCAUUGCCACCAUGUCCCGGGGCUCGAUUGAGAUCCCCCUCCGGGAUACGGACGAGGUCAUUGAACUUGACUUUGAUCAGUUGCCGGAGGGGGAUGAAGUUAUAAGUAUUCUUAAACAGGAACAUACUCAGCUGCACAUAUGGAUUGCUCUAGCGUUGGAAUAUUACAAGCAAGGCAAAACAGAAGAUUUUGUGAAACUGCUAGAGGCUGCUCGUAUAGAUGGAAACCUCGAUUAUAGAGAUCAUGAAAAAGAUCAAAUGACUUGCUUAGAUACUUUAGCAGCCUACUAUGUACAGCAGGCUCGUAAAGAAAAGAAUAAAGACAACAAGAAAGAACUUAUUACACAGGCUACGCUACUGUACACUAUGGCUGACAAAAUCAUUAUGUAUGAUCAGAAUCAUUUAUUAGGAAGAGCCUGUUUCUGCCUUUUGGAGGGUGAUAAAAUGGAUCAAGCUGAUGCACAAUUUCAUUUUGUGCUUAACCAAUCUCCAAAUAAUAUUCCAGCACUUCUUGGUAAGGCGUGCAUUUCAUUUAACAAGAAAGAUUAUCGAGGUGCCCUUGCGUACUACAAAAAAGCACUGAGAACCAACCCAGGCUGCCCAGCUGAGGUUCGGUUGGGCAUGGGCCACUGCUUUGUAAAGCUGAAUAAGCUGGAAAAAGCUCGCCUGGCAUUCAGCAGGGCACUGGAACUCAACUCCAAAUGCGUGGGAGCGUUAGUUGGACUGGCUGUUCUGGAACUAAAUAACAAAGAGGCUGAUUCAAUCAAAAAUGGUGUCCAGCUGCUCUCGAGGGCGUACACAAUUGAUCCUAGUAACCCAAUGGUGUUAAACCACUUGGCUAAUCACUUUUUUUUCAAAAAGGAUUAUGGUAAGGUCCAGCAUUUGGCUCUUCAUGCUUUCCAUAAUACUGAGGUUGAAGCGAUGCAAGCAGAGAGCUGCUACCAGUUAGCCAGGUCUUUCCAUGUUCAGGAGGAUUAUGAUCAAGCAUUCCAGUACUACUAUCAGGCUACCCAGUUUGCUUCCUCCUCUUUUGUGCUACCAUUUUUUGGACUGGGUCAAAUGUAUAUUUACCGAGGAGAUAAAGAAAAUGCAUCACAGUGUUUUGAAAAAGUUUUGAAAGCCUAUCCAAACAAUUAUGAGACAAUGAAAAUUCUUGGAUCCCUCUAUGCUGCUUCAGAAGAUCAAGAUAAAAGAGACAUUGCAAAGGGUCAUUUGAAGAAGGUGACAGAACAGUACCCAGAUGAUGUAGAAGCCUGGAUUGAACUAGCACAAAUCCUAGAACAGACAGAUAUACAGGGUGCCCUUUCAGCUUAUGGUACAGCAACACGAAUCCUUCAGGAAAAAGUGCAGGCUGAUGUCCCUCCUGAGAUUUUGAAUAAUGUGGGUGCUCUCCACUUCAGACUUGGGAACUUAGGAGAAGCAAAGAAAUACUUUUUGGCAUCUCUAGAUCGUGCUAAAGCAGAAGCAGAACACGAUGAGCAUUACUAUAAUGCCAUUUCAGUGACUACUUCCUACAACCUUGCAAGAUUAUAUGAAGCAAUGUGUGAAUUCCAUGAAGCAGAAAAAUUGUACAAAAACAUCCUAAGAGAACAUCCAAACUAUGUAGACUGCUAUCUGCGCUUAGGAGCUAUGGCUAGAGAUAAAGGAAACUUUUAUGAAGCUUCUGACUGGUUUAAAGAGGCACUUCAAAUCAAUCAGGACCACCCAGAUGCUUGGUCCUUGAUUGGUAAUCUUCAUCUGGCCAAACAAGAGUGGGGUCCAGGACAAAAGAAAUUUGAAAGAAUAUUGAAGCAGCCAUCAACUCAGAAUGACACUUACUCUAUGUUGGCUCUAGGCAAUGUGUGGUUACAAACUCUACACCAGCCCACCAGGGACAGAGAAAAGGAAAAGCGUCAUCAAGAUCGUGCGUUAGCCAUCUACAAACAAGUGCUCAGAAAUGAUCCAAAGAAUUUGUAUGCUGCUAAUGGCAUAGGAGCUGUGUUGGCACACAAAGGAUAUUUCCGUGAGGCUCGUGAUGUUUUUGCUCAAGUGAGAGAGGCAACAGCAGAUAUCAGUGAUGUGUGGCUCAAUCUGGCACACAUAUAUGUGGAGCAGAAGCAGUACAUCAGUGCUGUACAGAUGUAUGAAAACUGCCUCAGAAAAUUCUAUAAACACCAGAACACAGAGGUAUUAUUGUAUUUGGCCCGUGCUCUCUUCAAAUGUGGGAAACUGCAAGAGUGCAAGCAGACACUGCUGAAGGCUAGACAUGUGGCUCCCAGUGAUACAGUUCUUAUGUUCAAUGUUGCCCUGGUACUGCAAAGGCUGGCUACUUCUGUCCUUAAAGAUGAAAAAAGUAACUUGAAAGAAGUACUAAAUGCUGUGAAAGAACUGGAGUUAGCUCAUAGAUACUUCAGUUAUUUGAGUAAAGUAGGAGAUAAAAUGAGAUUUGAUUUGGCACUUGCUGCAACUGAAGCUAGGCAGUGUUCUGAUUUGCUGAGUCAAGCUCAGUAUCAUGUGGCUCGAGCUCGCAAACAGGAUGAAGAAGAAAGGGAGCUGCGAGCAAAACAAGAGCAAGAAAAAGAACUGCUGCGCCAGAAGUUACUCAAAGAACAGGAAGAAAAACGUCUCAGGGAAAUAGAAGAACAAAAGAAACUUCUGGAACAGAGAGCACAGUAUGUGGAGAAGACCAAAAAUAUUCUAAUGUUCACUGGAGAAGUUGAAGGAUCAAAAGAGAAAAAACGUGGAGCUGGCCGGCGUUCCAAAAAAACUGGUGAAUUUGACGAGUUUGUCAAUGAUGACAGUGAUGACGAUCUCCCAGUGUCUCGAAAGAAAAAGAGAAGGAAGGGCAGUGGCAGUGAACAAGAUGGUGAGGAAGAAGAGGGAGAGAAGAAGAAAAAGAAGAGGCGAAGAGCCCAGAAAGCAGAUGAUGGUACUGAUGAUGACGACAAUGAGACUGCACCUAGACCCAAAAAACGCCGUCCAGCCAAGAAUGAGAAGAGAAAGCCCAAGCCAGAACGCUUACCUCCUUCAAUGAAGGGAAAAAUCAAAUCAAAAGCUAUUAUUUCAUCAAGUGAUGAUUCAUCAGAUGAGGAUAAGCUCAAAAUUGCUGAUGAUGGAAAUGCCAGGAACAGCAACAGUGAUUCAGAUGAUGCAGAGGCACGCAACAAACGUAUCAUGUCAGACAGUGAUUCCAACAAUAGUAACAAGUCUGUCAGUGAGAGGGGCAGCCCCAGGCGACCAACUGCCCACCCUUCUGAUGAGGACUCAGACAGCAAUGGGUCAGCAAGAAGGAGGAGACAAUCUGAUUCGGAGCAAUCUGACAAUGAAUCUGUGCAGUCAGGAAGAAGCCAGUCUGUGCGGUCAGGAAGAAGUCAAUCUGUGCAGUCAGGAAGAAGCCACUCAGCUGGUUCUGAGAAUGAAUCUCGUCCAGCUUCUCGCAGUGCUGAUUCUGACCGAGAUUCAGAGAGAGCAUCUGAUAAUGAGGGUUCGGGUAACGAGUCUGAGCCAGAGGCGUCCAACAAUGAAGCAUCAGAACGAGGCUCAUAUGGUGGAUCAGAUGACAGUGAUUAGAUUCUAAUUGCAGCCUUUCUUCUUUUUUUUAAAUACCGUUUUUGUAAAUAUAUUUUUGUUUGAAAGAUUUGGGGAAAGAUAUGUCCAUCUUUUAUAUUUGAAAACUGAUUUAAAAACAUGUGCAACUGUGUUUUAGAAAAAAAUAUUUAAAGAAAGUUGAAAUAUUUCCUAUUGCAUUUUUCUACUGUACUGUAUACUUGCUAGGUCCUAGUAUCCCUCUAUAUGGCAUCUAUUUAAAUUCAGUGCUUGGAGAUUUAGUAUACUUAAGAUUUGAAGAGCCAACACCAAGAUGGUACUCCUGUAUCCAGUUAUGAUUUAAGUCCCCCUGAAAUACAUGUCACUUAAGCACAUUUAAUUGGAUUGUAGCCCAUGCUGUCUUUCCUUGUCUAAUCAAAAAGGUUUUCUACUUGGAAAAGGGUACAGGUAGAGCUUCAAUAAUUCCUUGAGCUGUAGAAUGUUUGUGUUUACAAAACUGUUCUGACAAUGUAGUUCUUAUAAAAUAUAUUUUUACGUUCUGUUUAAAAUACUUAAGUGCUGUAGCAAGAUACUUAAAAUGAAACAAAACGUAUAUAAUAUAAUGCUACAGGAAUGUAGAUAAAUUCUGACAAGAUUAUGACUUGUCAGAAAAGAUCUGCCUGUAGCAGCUAAUAAAAGCUGUUGCUACCA